ACCAGUGCCAGGCUGUGACGGUCGCGUUUCCGAGUGCACUUGAACGCGGCAUGAUUCGGUGGCUGUGUGCUGAUCUUUGUGCGAACGAUCGCAGUUAGCGACUGACGACACACUCGAGCGGAGCCGAGCUGACCUACACGACACAGCGAUCGAGAGGACUUAAAAUGGUCACCUGGUGAGAAGCUCCCAGCUCUUCGGUGGCGGAGUGGCAGUUGGUGCCGUCCAGACGAGCAGAGCAUCUCAAGACCUUCAAGAACCUUCAGAGUGUCGCCAUCGCCUACAAAUGGACCACGCGCUGUAGAGCACAGUCAGCGAGGACCCAGACUUGAAGAGGACCCGGGCCAGGGGGAGCGGAGCAGGAAGGGAGGAGUUCAGAAGGACGUGCAGUGGACGGGGACGCCGUCAUGUCGUCUAACAGGACCCAGAACCCCCACGGACUGAAACAGAUAGGCCUGGACCAGAUAUGGGACGACCUGCGGGCUGGAAUCCAGCAGGUGUACACGCGGCAGAGCAUGGCCAAGUCACGCUACAUGGAACUCUACACACAUGUAUAUAACUAUUGCACCAGCGUCCACCAGUCCAGUCAGGGCCGGGGCUCUGUGCCUUCCACCAAACCCUCCAAAAAGUCCACCACCCCGGGCGGCGCGCAGUUCGUGGGCCUGGAGCUCUACAAGAGACUAAAGGAGUUCCUGAAGAACUACCUGACCAGCCUGCUGAAGGACGGCGAGGACCUGAUGGACGAGUGCGUCCUCAAGUUUUACACGCAGCAGUGGGAGGACUAUCGCUUCUCCAGCAAAGUCCUCAACGGGAUCUGCGCCUACCUCAACCGCCACUGGGUCCGGAGAGAGUGUGACGAGGGACGCAAGGGAAUCUACGAGAUUUACUCGCUCGCCCUGGUGACCUGGAGAGAGUGUCUGUUCCGGCCGCUCAACAAGCAGGUGACCAAUGCCGUACUGAAGCUCAUCGAGAGGGAGCGCAACGGCGAGACCAUCAACACCCGGCUGAUCAGCGGCGUGGUCCAGUCCUACGUGGAGCUGGGCCUGAACGAAGAGGACGCCUUCGCCAAAGGCCCCACGCUGUCUGUGUACAAGGAGUACUUCGAGUGCCAGUUCCUGACGGACACCGAGCGCUUCUACACCCGGGAGAGCACAGAGUUCCUGCAGCAGAACCCCGUCACCGAGUACAUGAAGAAGGCCGAGGCGCGACUGCUGGAGGAGCAGCGCCGCGUGCAGGUCUACCUCCACGAGUCCACGCAGGACGAGCUGGCCCGCAAGUGCGAGCAGGUUCUCAUCGAGAAGCACCUGGAGAUCUUCCACACAGAGUUCCAGAACCUGCUGGACGCUGACAAGAACGAAGAUCUGGGUCGGAUGUACAACCUGGUGUCGCGCAUCACCGACGGCCUGGGCGAGCUGAAGAAGCUCCUGGAGACUCACAUCCACAACCAAGGGCUGGCCGCCAUCGAAAAGUGCGGCGAGGCGGCUCUGAACGACCCCAAAGUCUACGUGCAGACCACCUUGGACGUCCACAAGAAGUACAACGCCCUGGUCAUGUCGGCCUUCAACAAUGAUGCCGGCUUCGUGGCCGCGCUGGACAAGGCCUGCGGGAGGUUCAUCAACAACAACGCCGUCACCAGGAUGGCGCAGUCGUCCAGCAAGUCCCCGGAGCUGCUGGCCCGCUACUGCGACUCGCUGCUGAAGAAGAGCUCCAAGAACCCAGAAGAAGCGGAGCUGGAGGACACGCUGAACCAAGUGAUGGUGGUGUUCAAGUACAUCGAGGACAAAGACGUGUUCCAGAAGUUCUACGCCAAGAUGCUGGCCAAGCGGCUGGUGCACCAGAACAGCGCCAGCGACGACGCCGAGGCCAGCAUGAUCUCCAAGCUGAAGCAAGCGUGCGGCUUCGAAUACACCUCCAAGCUGCAGAGGAUGUUCCAGGACAUCGGCGUCAGCAAAGACCUGAACGAACAGUUCAAGAAGCACCUGACCAACUCUGAACCUCUGGACUGUGAGAACCAACACACACACACACACACACACACACACACACACACACGUUUGCCUUCCUGCCUGAGUGAGGACCGGUCCUGGCUGAAAACUGAAGGGUUGGACCAACACAGUGAGCACCUGCCAAAUGGCCUCACUCUGUCCAUGGGAAAGUCAUCCAGGUCCUCACAAAGAGAGGAGUACAAGAACACACACCCUUGCGUGGCCCCACUGAUGCGUGUGCGUGUGCGCGCGUGUGUGUGUGUGUGUGCGUGCGUGUCCACAGUGGACUUCAGUAUCCAGGUGCUGAGUUCCGGCUCGUGGCCUUUCCAGCAGUCGUGCACCUUUGCACUGCCGUCAGAGCUGGAGCGCAGCUACCAGCGCUUCACAGCCUUUUACGCCAGCAGACACAGCGGCAGGAAGCUGACCUGGCUCUACCACCUGUCCAAAGGUGAGCUGGUCACCAACUGCUUCAAGAACAGGUACACCCUGCAGGCCUCCACCUUCCAGAUGGCCAUCCUGCUGCAGUACAACACGGAGGACAGCUACACCGUCCAGCAGCUGGCCGACAGCACGCAGAUCAAGACUGACAUCCUCAUCCAAGUGCUGCAGAUUCUGCUCAAGUCCAAACUGCUGGUUCUGGAGGACGAGAACGCCAACGUGGACGAGGUGGACUUCAAACCCGACACCGUCAUCAAACUCUUCCUCGGCUACAAGAAUAAAAAGCUGCGGGUCAACAUCAACGUGCCCAUGAAGACGGAGCAGAAACAGGAGCAGGAGACGACGCACAAGAACAUCGAGGAGGACCGCAAGCUGCUCAUUCAGGCCGCCAUCGUGAGAAUCAUGAAGAUGAGGAAGGUCCUGAAGCACCAGCAGCUCCUGGCCGAAGUCCUCAACCAGCUGUCGUCUCGAUUCAAACCCCGGGUCCCCGUCAUCAAGAAAUGCAUCGACAUCCUGAUCGAGAAGGAGUACCUGGAGCGCGUGGACGGCGAGAAGGACACCUACAGCUACCUGGCCUGAGCUCCGCCCCCUUUUUUAGUUCACGGUUUUUUUUAAACUUCCUGUCUGAGUCGUAACGCGUGGAUCCUCGAGCGGCGGCCGCUGAUCAUGUGACUAACCCGAGGGCCAGAGCCCAUCUUGUAAAUACCUGCGGACUCGGAUCCUCUCGUCUUCGAGUAGCAAGUCAGCGAGCCGACGAGCAUCUGCAUGCUUCAGCCUCCGCCGUCGCCACGGCAACCCCCAACACCAGAUCAGUCCAGGAAACGUGAGUUCACUCGCCGCAGACAGCGCCACCGCGUGGAGGCCGGCAGGGGGCGCGGCCGGGUGUUUGUAUAGUGUGGUUCAUUUUCUAAAUGUGUGACGAAUAAAAGCCGGGAAAGAUUUCGCUAAAGCCUGGUGUGAUUCCCGCGCCGUGCUCAGAGGCACCGAGGCAGAGUGAAGGGCAGGACAGCGCUUCGGACUGAAGGUUUUAUUCUGAGUCCAUAAGCAUUUGUAAACACCAGAGCAGCACCAGAGACAUUCCAGACCGUGGGUGGUGACGUGGGGCUGCAGCGCCCCCUCUGGGUCUGGACUCAUUUAAAAAAGAAAAAAACAAAAUUUGUGACAAAGUAGAACUCAAAUAGAAGCAACAAAAUCCAAAGGUCUGUUGGUGGUGACACACGCACGUCGCUGGUGCUCAAGUUUGGUCCCUGAAAGUGAAACUCGGAGGCUGUGAAACCGUGUGUGUGUGGUCAGAGGUAGGCGUGUCCGUCAGGCCAUCUCCAUCUCUCGCUCGAUCCCCACGUACUUGAGGGCGUCGGCCUGACUGUACCUGGACAGCGGGAGGGCAAAGGUCAGCGCUGACAGGAAGUGAGGUCACGGGUCUGCGGGGUCACCUGUAGUCGAAGAACAGCUCCUCCCCUGUCUGAAUGGCUCGCUUGGCAAAGAUCCCGAUCCGGUGGUCGCCGUUCACCAUCAUCACUGCGGAGCGGCGGACAGCGUUACCGCGGCGCCGCCCGCGUUGCUCGUACACCUGCAGGCUCCCUACCUUUAGCGUAGCAGUUGGGGUUGACGGAGUGGUUGGCGAAGCGGAUCUUGUUUCCCUUCCUGGUCGCAUCCACCACAAAAUCUGACAAGAACCAAGGCGGCGUUCAAUCACCCGCCGGUCACCAGUGCCGGUCACCGGCGACGCUUGUUACCGUUGUUGAGGUUGAAGAGGAAGCUGCACAUGUACUUGUCGUACACCUUCCCUCUGCGGUCGGCUUCGUCCUGAGAGAUGAUCUGAGAGAGAGGCGGCGUCAGGCGGUGCGUGUGCGGUGCGUGCGAGCCAGCCAGCGUGGCGGCGUCUCACCUCGCCACAGUACUCGGAGAUGAACUCGUUCUUCUGGACCGGCUCCUUGAUGAAGAUUCCCCAACCCGCCACGUCGGAGGGCGCCAGCAGGAGGUGCUGCAGGCCAGGAGCAGGCGUGAGCAGUGAGCACAGUGGAGCGCCCACAGUGGACCCACCUUCUUGGCGCCUCGCUGGAUGGAGCAGUUCUUGCAGGACACGUUCUUGCUGUCCCAGUGGUCGGCAGCGCCGCAUGUCAGGCACAGGUCCGGGUCGCACUCGCGCACCGCCAGGUAGCAGGGGCACUGCUUGGUGUUGCACUG